AUGGACCUGAUCAAGUCCCGAUCUCCCCACCCGAACAAACCCCGCUCGCGGUCCACUAGACUUGCACGUCCGAAGAGACCGAGAACUGUAACCUAUACAGGGUCUCGGAAGAUCAAAUGCGAUGAACGUCAAGAUAGCGGAUGCGGUAUCUGCGAGCGAUCUGGGUUAAAAUGCGCUGGCUAUGGUGUAAAUUUGCACUGGGUCACAGACAAGCAACAUUACCAAGGUUUUCAUGAUUGCGAAGUACACACUAUAUUCAUGCGCUCAUACAUGUUCAUAGAUCGAUCCAGCUCAAUUUACAUCCCAGAUGAUGAGCUCGACAAAAUAUUAUCGGCUCUCGAUAAUAUCGAUGCGUCAUCUGAGACGUUAUGUAUGGGUUCAUUCUCUAUUUUCAAAACUCGCACCACCUCCAAUGAAUCUGCCAUAAAUGCUGACGACUAUGGCGAAAUCACCAUGGAACCAACACGCAUGAUCAAGCCUCACUUUGAAUUGUCGCUACCUCUGUUCCAAAACCCAGAAAUAUCGCUUCUAUUAUACCAUUACAAAGAUCAUGUGGCUGCUCUUCUUCAACCGGUCUGGCAUGCUGAAAACCCUUGGCGAACCACUUAUCUUCCGUUUGCCCUUGAAGGGUGUCCUGAUCUCUUUGUCAUCCAGAAUGCUGGGCCUUCAUCUGCGGCGUCGACUGCCAUUUUUCAUGGAAUACUCUCAUCAGCGGCAUUUCAUCUUCGAAAUCUCACUGGUGGGUCUGAAAGGUUCAAUUGUCUGGGCUUUCAACAUCGCUCAAAGGCACUAUAUGCCCUGAACACGGCGCUCAUCGACACCGAUGAUUCACAUUUAUACACUAUACAAUUGACGGCAAUGCUGUCAUUGGUGACUAUUGAUACUAUAACGGGUGAGGAUUCCGAUUUUCCAAUCCACCUGAAAGGCUGCAGACAGCUACGACAAUGUCACGAGCCCAAGGCCAUCGAAAGCCCAAGCCAGCAGGUCAAUAGUAUAUGCAACUUCCUUACUCUCCUGGGAAGAACUACAUCGAAGGAACUCCAGAUGACCCCGACCGCAGCUGAGUGGCGUCCCGAGAAGGCUCUAUUCAGUGACAAUGAUAUCCACAUCGAAUACAUAUACGGAAUAACUCCCCUUUUGGGCAAUCUUCUACACCUGACGUGUCAAGUCUCCGAAGCCCUUCAACUAUGCGACAAGCAACACAUCCCCAUCUCCCUUAGGGAUGCCCGUGACGACCUAAGGACCAGGCUACUGGAUUGGAGUUUAGCAAAAGACGACUGUCAUCUAGCCGACUCUGGGGUCGAUAUACGUAUGCUCGAGAUAAUCCGUCGUCAAGCCUGCGCAUUCCACAGCGCUGUCUUAAUAUUGUAUUAUCGUGCUAUUGAAAAUCAUCCUCUAAUAAGCCCGCAGAGGCAAGCGUUUAAUGUCUGGAAAAAUCUCAAUAUAGCGGAACAGAGGAAAGAACACGAUAUACAAAGCCAAAAGUAUACAGCCCCGAUGUCCUGGCCUGGCUUUAUUGCUGCAUGCGAAGCUGUUGACCGCACGCCGUGGAUGGAGUGGUGGGAGAAUGUCCAGCGAUACAAUCUGGGAAAUUUCCGGCGACAAUGGGAGAUUAUUCAGGAAGUUUGGGGAAUUAUGGAUACUACUAGUAGUAGACAAGGUGGUAUGUGCUGGCGAGAUGCGUUGCAGCAAUCUGGGAAAUUGGUUUUACCAAUUUGA